UAUCACUAUCAUCUAUAUAAAUACACGCGGCGGACGAGAACCAGGGCAUCUCGCUUGCGUCUCCGGUCAUCGCGCUGCUCGUUUUUAUUAAGAUUGGAAAAUGGGUCGAAGAUAUAGCAGAAGUCCUUCUCCGAGGGGUUAUAGCAGGAGGUAUCGUAGCCCGAGCCCAAGGGAUCGUUAUAGAAGCCGUGGGGGAGAUUAUCCAACUAGCCUAUUGGUUCGCAACCUUCGUCAUGAUUGCAGGCCUGAGGACCUGCGCAGAACAUUUGGGGAGUUUGGUCCUAUCAAGGACGUUUACCUGCCACGAGAUUAUUACACAGGGGAGCCUCGUGGAUUUGGUUUUGUGCAAUACAUUCACCCUGAAGAUGCUGCUGAUGCGAAAUACGAGAUGGAUGGUCAGAUUUUACUCGGUCGGAAACUGACUGUUGUGUUUGCUGAGGAAAAUAGGAAGAAGCCCUCAGAGAUGAGGGCCCGGGAGAGGAUAAGGCGGAGGACGCCCCCAGCAGGCUCUCGGUCACCUCAUUAUGGGCGAUCGUAUUCUCCUUACUCUCGAAGCCCUGAUUAUUAUUCUCCAUCUCCAAGGAGGCAGCGAUAUUUCUCAAGGUCCAUUUCACCCAGGGGGCGAAGGCAUAGAGAGAGGUCCUACUCAAGAAGCCUGAGCCCGGCCAGGAGCAGGAGCAGGAGCAGGAGCCGAAGUCUGGAGUACUACUGAUGGUGAUGGCAGUGCAGUUAGGAAUGGAUAUGGGUGAAUUACUUUUGAUUGAUGCAUGUAUGCAUGGUGCUAUGUGGAUCUGUUUAGGGGUAAAACAUGUUGAGAUUACCAUCGAACUGUUAUGAUCUACAAUGCUACACACACAUAUAUACAGUACAUACAUAUGUCUUUUCUA